AUGAGCGAGACACCCAGACGCGUCCCGAUUUUCACGGUCACGUUCGUGGCGGAGGGACGCGUCGGGUGCGUGCGCAGACGGGCCCCGUUCCACGAAACCCCCUGCGAGUCCCCUGUGAGUCCCCUGCGACGCACCCAGAUGAAGUGGCUGAUGGUGCUGUUGUUGGGGGUGGUGGCGUUGAUGGCGGUGCAGGCUGCACCCGACAGUGACCCCAGCCCGGAGGAGCCUGCUGCCACGCCGGAGGCGAAUAACGAGGCGAAUGAGGCUCCGGAGACCAGCCCCGAAGGUGCACAUCCUGAGGAUGGGCACGAUCACGAUCACCAGAAGAGCGGGGCCGCGAUGCCUCCGGUCCUCCCGCUCGCCCUCGCCCUCGCCGCCGUGUCGUGGAGGAUGCUGUGAGGCGGGGGGAUGCCGUGAGGCGGGAGGAUGCCGUGAGGCGGGAGGGGCGGUGGGAGGAGGUCGGGCGCGAGUGACCGAGACGACAUGACUUCACGUUUUCCUUUAAACAUUUUUCUUCGUCCGUUGAUUAAAAUCGAGACAAAAAUUCUUUUUCUGUACGUUAAGAGUGCAAUAAAAGACUUGUGGACGU